GAAUUCAUGUAUUUUAACCGAUCAUGCUAACGCUAGAAAAACUAAUGGACAGUGUGUUCCUUUACACAGCUUGUGUCUAAUGAAAUACGAAUGUAGUUUAUCAAUUGGAUAUCCUCAAGCAACAAUCAAAAUAUUUCUUAGAGAAAAAGUGAACAUAUGAAAAAGAAGGUAAAAAUGGCAUUAUGGGUUACAACGACCGGAUGUCAUAUUCCGGAACAUGCGAUACGAGCUGGAUACGAGGCGGACGGACGGCCUCUGUUUAUUGCCCGGGCAUCCAUGGAAGGUACAUUGACCCCCGGGAAAUGUGGAUUCCACCUUCCGGGCGCCCACAUUCCUUACGGAUGUAAAGAAAAUAUCGCCCAUCAGUAUGAGGUGCUAGUACACCCAAACAACGCCCAGGGGUUCUACGACUGGCAACGCGCUGCUGACGGAAAUGUGCCCGAACACGCCCUCAAAACGGACACAGACACGUAUGUGGGCCGAGCUUACUUCUCCGGGAGUCUGGUCCCGUGUAAGAUUGCCACUAGCUCCCCCCACAUGUGUGCUUAUAUGGGAUACGGCGGGAAAGAACACAAUACUAAAGACUAUGAAGUCCUCUGUAAGAUCAAGUAGCAGGGAGAUGAGAAAAUAUGUUGCGAAGAGAAGAACAACAAUCUCCAUUUAUUAACAUUAUAAAACACGUGCAUAGAUCCACAAAUGUUCAUUUUUUCAAUCAAAUAUUUUUGUUUUUCUUUUAACUAUACAAUAUUUGGACUGCAGGUGUAAAAAAAAUCAUCGAGUUUUAAUUGAAUAUAUUGGUUUAGUUUGUUAGGAACUUUUUAUUUCCGUUAUACAUGAUGUACUUUUAACUUGUCAAUUCAAAUUGAAAUCAAUGUACACGUAUUGCAUUUCAAGUUUUAUCAUACCUAUGUAUUUUUUUAAAAAAUUGAAAAAUGGACUAAAAUUAUCAUUUGUUUAAUCAGAAGGCAGAAAUAUUGCUAAAGAUAAAGAAGACACAGACAAUGUUUUUGUUUGAUAGUACAGCAGUUUAUACUUUAUCCAAAUUAAAAAAAAAAUGUUUUUCAUAUUAAUAUAACAUUGUACAUUUCCGAUAUAAAAAGUUUUUGUUAUAUUAUAGCUGUAAACUUUUGUGGUACACCAUUAAUAUCAAAACUGAAAAUCUUGUACUUCUUUUCCAAAAUUAUGCGAACUGUUCAGAACUGUUGUAUAAUUAUAAUACAAAGAUUUUUUUUCCCGGUUGAUACACAUACAACCCAUUCUGAGCUUCUUUUUUUUUUUUUUGCUUCAAUGAUUAGUCUUUUUAUAAAACAUGAUUUUUUUGUUGAUUCAAAUGAAUGUUAUUUGACAUACAUGAAGUUAUUACUUAACAACAGAUUGACUUUUAGGUUGGAAAAUAUAAAAAAGAAAAGUAUCAAAUUGAACAAUGAAAAGAGAAUAUAACGUUGCAAUACUUACAACUUAAAAAUUCAAAAAAAAAAAUUUUAAACAUAGCAAGGGCCGAAGGGUCACAUUGCUUAUUUUUGUAACAAGUCUUGUGUAAAUAUGUGUAUCCCUUGUCAGUUCAGUGUUUUUAAAUCAUUUUGUUUCACUGUAAUUGCAACGGUCAGCAAAAGCAACCUAAAUACAUGUCUUUGUGAGAAUUGUAAUCAAACCAUUAAAAUUUUUGAUGGAUAUUGUGCAUCCCUUUAAUUGGUCCGGAUUGACACUAUCAGAAAAUCUGCGCUACAUAAAGAUGAGUGCUUUGUAUCAUAGUCAGUUAUUGAGACAGUUUGUAUAUAGAUAUGAUAAUCAAAACAUUUAAUAUAUAAUCGAAUUAAGAGAAUUAAGAGACUAUAUUGUUCCGUUGUUAUGAAAAUUAAAACAAAUGUUUGU